CUCCCAAACACCGAAGCAAGGAAAACAUCUCACGCAAAAACCCUGAACCCGCGCCUUCCUCCCAACCAUUUCUCUUUCUCUAGGCGGCGCCGCCACCGUUUGACGCCCACUACAGCCACCGUAAUGUCGGCCUCAAUCUUCGAAGACGGCUUCUCCUCUGACCGGCUCUUCAACCAGGGCUACUCCUACACAUACGAUGACGUCAUCUUCCUCCCUCACUACAUCGACUUCCCCACCGACUCCGUCCAUCUAGCCUCCAACCUCAGCCGCCGCAUCCCUCUCUCGAUUCCCUGCGUCUCGUCCCCGAUGGACACCGUCACCGAGUCCCACAUGGCCAUUUCGAUGGCCGCACUCGGCGGCAUAGGCAUCAUCCACUCCAACUUGACGUCGUCCGAGCAAGCCCACAUGGUCCGGUCCGUCAAGUCCCGCCGGGUCCCGCUUCUUUCGAACCCCGUCUUCAAAUCCCCAAGCGAUCGAAUCCAAUCUGACGACGUUUUCGAUGCUUCCAAUCCCUACGUCCUGGUUACUGAGAGUGGCAGCCCCAAUUCGAAGCUUUUGGGGUACGUGGCGGGCAAGGAUUGGGUGAAAUUGGGGGACAAGGAGGUGAAGAUUUACGAUUACAUGGUGAACUGUACGGACUUCACGGUGCCGUGGGGUUACGAUUUGGGGGCGAUUGGGGAGUACAUGGAGGAGAAAAAACGAGAUUUGGUGGCGACUGUGAGGGAAAAUGAGGUGGUGGAUGUGGUGGCGAAGGAGGAGGUGGAGAGGAUUAAAGGGUACCCCAAAUUGGGGGUUGGGACGGUGGGUCCCGACGGGACUUGGCGGGUUGGGGCGGCGAUCGGGACGAGGGAGUCGGAUAAGGAGAGGUUGGAGGAGUUGGUGAAGGCAGGGGUGGAUGUAGUGGUGUUGGAUAGCUCUCAGGGGAACUCCAUUUAUCAGAUUGAGAUGAUAAAGUAUUUGAAGAAAAUGUACUCGAAUUUGGAUGUAGUUGGCGGGAAUGUGGUGACGGUGAGUCAGGCGCAGAAUUUGAUUCAGGCUGGUGUUGACGGGUUGAGGGUUGGAAUGGGGUCUGGCUCAAUUUGUACCACUCAAGAGGUCUGCGCUGUUGGUCGCGGACAGGCAACUGCUGUUUACAAGGUUGCGUCUAUUGCUUCACAAAGUGGUGUGCCCGUGAUUGCUGAUGGUGGAAUUUCCAAUUCUGGACACAUUGUCAAGGCUUUGGUCCUUGGGGCUUCUACUGUCAUGAUGGGAAGCUUCUUAGCUGGAAGCACGGAGGCUCCCGGGGUUUUUGUGUAUCAGAAUGGUCGCCGAGUCAAAAAAUAUCGAGGCAUGGGGUCUCUUGAAGCAAUGUCAAAAGGGAGUGAUCAGAGGUACUUGGGCGAUACAGCCAAGCUGAAAAUUGCACAGGGGGUUGUUGGGGCAGUUGCAGACAAAGGUUCUGUUUUGAAGUUCAUACCAUAUACAAUGCAAGCUGUGAAACAAGGUUUCCAAGAUCUUGGUGCUUCUUCAUUGCAGUCUGCUCAUGACCUCUUAAAAUCAAGUGUUUUAAGGCUAGAGGUAAGAACAGGAGCAGCACAAGUAGAAGGUGGAGUUCAUGGUCUGGUUUCUUACGAGAAGAAAUCGUUUUGAUGGUUAUAUCUUUUCAGCUUUUCUCAUUCCUGCUGGUGACUGCUGUCUUGGGGAAUUGGGAACUCUUCCGUGUUCCAUUCUGCAUCUGAUAUCGCCAAUUUAGUAUGAGUAACAAGGGCGAACCUGUCAAACUGCUACCGGGUCUUCCGAGCAGCGAAAGUUUUGGUCUCAAACGGUUCUCUGGCAUUUUGUCGGUUGCCAUGAGAGCUUCCAUCUGCCUGCAUUUGUUUGACACUGCACUUUAAAUGUGAGAUAUGACUAGUUAGACUUUGUCUGUGUUAUGUUUGUUACUAGUUUUCAUUACAAAUUAGUAUUAAAUAAUGCGGUUUCAAUUGUUCA